CUCAUGUACGUAAAUAAUUGUCAUUACGUCAGAAGAAUUUUUUAAAUCAAUUUCUCCCAAAAAUCCCUCAAAUUUGUAAACAAUUAAACAGUUGAAGCGACUGAGGAAGUUGAAUAAAUAAAUUGACGGAGGGUAGGAGGUGUCUCAUGGGGUAUAAAACAUUCCAAGAUCAUCCGAGACUCUUCAAUAAGAAAUCGUACGUUCAAUUGGCAACAUCAAUUCAUUGAACAGCUAUUAACUGUUCAAAAAGCGACAAGAAAAAAAGUUUCGUGUCUGUUUGUCAUAGUCAUGCAUAACAAAAUUCCUCCAGGCAUUCUGGCGAUUUUAUUAAUUGGAUGCAUAACACUUUUGUUUAUCGGUACGACUGAGGCCCAAUUGACUUUCUCAACGGGUUGGGGAAAGAGGAAUAAAAAUUUUGCUGUUGAAAACGGAAGUGGCACUAGGUGUUCAGAGGCCCAGGGAAAACCACCACUGGAAAUAUUGGUGAAUUUGUAUAAUCUCAUUCAGAACGAAGCCAAAAGGGUAAUUAAUUGUGAAAAAAUGAACCAAUAAUCGGCGUGAAAAUGAUUUCAAUUACGACAAUCCGUGGAUAAGAGUAAUAAUUUCAUUGCAUCUAUUGUUGCUGGAGAUUUCGAGUUUUUAAUUAUAUUUUAAAUAGGCGAACGUGAUGUGCUUGUAGAAAAUUCUGUGAAAAUUAGUGUUGAAUAGAAUUGAAUAAAGUGUUU